GCACUACUCACGGAGCGGCGUCCCUCCAGCACAACCGACUCCAGUCCUCUCGCGUUACCGCCACGCGACACAUGUUACAUCCAUUCGUCUCUCGUCGUCGUACUGUCAUGCACCGAAUAGGGGAUUAACAAAGAGGAAGCGAUGGAAUGCUUCAGCCACAUCUUGGCUCAAACUGCAAUUGUUUUGGUCUGUUGCAGCUUCAACACAUUAGGUGAAGUCGUCGGGGGUUACCCAAGCAGGAGUAACGAGGUCAUGUUACCAAUUGGUAAUCUGACGGUCCCUGUGGGUCGAGAAGCUACGUUAGAAUGCGUCGUCCGGCAUCCCAGCAAACAUAUCAAGGUCGGCUGGCUGAGAGCCGAGGACCAGACGGUUUUAACCCUGGAUAAAAGGGUUGUGACACACAACUCAAGAAUAUCUGUGAGCCAGGAUACGGAUCGGGACACGUGGAGACUUCACAUACGGCAAAUUAAAUAUUCGGAUCGGGGAUGUUACAUGUGUCAAAUCAAUACGACAAACAUGAAAAAACAAGUCGGCUGCGUCGAUGUUUUAGUACCACCAGACAUCGUUUACUCCGAAACGAGCCCAGAUUUAUCAUUGCAGGAAGGCGAGAACGCGACUUUGGGCUGCAAAGCAACAGGGCAUCCUGAGCCGAGAAUAAUUUGGAGGAGAGAAGACGGCGAUCUUAUUAUCACCCGUCGACCCAAAGGAGAAUUAACGACGGUCACGUCUUAUAACGGGAGUAUAAUGGAGUUUUUUCGGGUGGAUAGAAGACAAAUGGGAGCGUAUCUCUGUAUAGCUAGUAACGACGUCCCACCGGCUGUCAGUAAAAGGAUUAUUCUAAAUGUCAAUUUCAGUCCGGUGAUUCGAGUGCCGAAUCAGCUGCUCGGCGCCCCUCUUGGGACGGAUGUGCAGCUGGAGUGUUACGUAGAGGCAUUUCCCAACACAAUUAAUUAUUGGCUGAAAAGCAACGGAGAGAUGUUGCUUCAUGGUUCUAAAUACUCCAUCAUGGAAAACAGAUCAACGUACAAAGUACUGAUGUGGCUGGUGAUCCGCAGUUUCAGCAAAGAGGACAUUGGAACCUACACUUGUGUAUCCACAAAUUCUCUCGGAAAGGCCGAAGGGACUUUAAGACUUUACGGUACUUAAGCUAUUGUAUUUUGAAGAAUAUUCAAUUUAUUUCAAUUAUUGCUGGUAAUGAUG